GAGUUUAACACUGAGACGAUAACGUUAGACAUAUACAUAUGUUUGUGUAUAUUAUUUUCAGUUCUUUGUUGCUUGGGUAAUUUAAAAUUCACAGAGGGAACUAAUCCUAGAUGGACCGACAAGGGGUUCGAAUGGUGCCAUUAAUGGAGGCGACAACACUCGGAUUCGCCACUGAUUCUUCCAGCUCCAUGUCUCUCUCUCUCCAUAUCCAAUAACCAUACUGUAUAGUCUGAGUACGCAGCUUAACAGUUGAGCAAACCUAUGCACUCAGACACAGUUGCACCCUACAUAUAGUGCCCUCAUCCUCAAACCCUCCAAACCCACUUCCCACAUCCUCUCUCCCUCUCCCUCUCCCUCUCUCUCUCUCGUAAACACAUGAUCGCAUUCUAAGUUGCACCAACAGUGUUUCUCCUUCUUGCACUGUACAAUCUCUCUCUCUCUCUCUCUCUCUCUAUCACACAAACGCAAGAGCUAUGGCCUAUCAGCCAAACACGUCUCUAGGUCUGAACCCACCUAACCAGCUAAACCUAGAGCUCGUUCUCGAAACUUCUUCGUCUUCUCCGACGGCUGCAUCGGAGCAAAGAGUCUUCUCCUGCAACUACUGCCAGAGAAAGUUCUACAGCUCCCAAGCUCUCGGUGGCCACCAAAACGCCCACAAGCUCGAGCGAACACUCGCCAAGAAGAGCCGAGAGCUCAUCAGGUCGACCUCGUCCGGUGGUUCAGGACACGUCAUAGACGGCGACGCCUACUUCUCCGGCCGGUUCGAGCUCCACGGCCGUGGCUAUGACCGGUACGUCUCACGCGGUCCAAGCCACCCCUCGGCUGACGUCGCUCGUCGGGGGCCUGAGAGUAGUGCUCAUCAGGAUCAAGAGUUGACCCAUCUGGACUUGUCCCUCAGGCUUUGAACUAAACCUUAUUACAUCAUUUGAGUCUUUGAAAAUGCUCAAUAAUUUACUUUGAUUCGCUCUUUACUGUUCACUGGGUAGACAUUGCUUAGGGCAAAAAGACGGUCGAAUCUUAUCAAGUGAAGUAUGCCCAAGUUGAAUCCAUAAAAACCCUUAGUUCCUCUCUAUGUACAUCGGUCGUACGUAAGAGAUUUCCAUCUAAUGAUAACGAUUUUUCCUAGGCAAUAUCCGAGAACCAUAAAGAUCCUCGUAUUUACAAGAUUCGCACAACAUAUUCGCUUUCUAAUGAUAGCAUUUCUUUCUGUGUUUUCGAAUAUUCCCGAGUUUUAUUUUUUAUUUUUGUUUUGCAUGGAGAAUCAGACGCAAUUAUGUUGAUGUUGCUAAAAUUAAGGAGGUGUGUGGAUUUUUGGAUUUGAUUACAGACGUAAUU